UGAAUAUGAGUGUAAAUGUAUCGUUUCUGAUGGUGUAGUGUUACAGCUUCUAGUGAAAGUUUAAGAGAAAGGACUACUACUGUAGUUAUUAUUGCUACUUGUGUUUAAACAAUUUAAAAGAGUGAUUUUGCUGGCUUUAUGAAAUUAUUAAAUUAUCGUUAUUAAAAAUAUAAUUUUAAAGCUUUGAAUAUAUUUGCGACGUCGAAAAAAUAAUUUAUCUAUUGUGUAUUUCAAGAAGGUCAUUGUGACAUUAGUCGUGUCCUGCGUCUGCUGUGUCGUGUAUAAUAUCUUUUGAAUAUGGAAGUUUUACCCUGUCCCGUAAAUGUGAAUUUUAGUAAUACGAGAGCUGGAACAGUGGCUGAAGAAUUUGAUGGAGCUUGUCAGGCUCUAGCAAAACGUUUGGAAGUGGAAUUAAGGCGAGCAAAGCACGUACAGUUAGCAUGUGGGGAAGUUCUGUUGCCUGCUGACCUUUUGCCUAGAAUAGCUAAAAAUGUACUUAGUAUGGCUGAGAAUGAACCUUGUGGUCUUAGAGGUUGCACCUUGUUCAUUAGUUUUGAAACAGACAGUGUAUGCAGAAAAUUAUCAAAAAUACAAUGUGAUCCGAACACAAUAUCUACUUUUGAACUUUAUUUAACUUUGAAACAAGAUCAUACAUCUUGGCAUAUUCUAUUACCUCAGUUUUUAAAAAAUCUUACUCGGGGAGGUACCAUUAUGAUCAGUCGAGAUUUUACUUUAGAAAAGAAGAAAUUGUAUAGAUCAUAUCAACAAGCACAAUGAAUGAUCCUGUGACAUCUAAAAGUCAUUGGUUAAUUUUCUUCAGAAAUGUGAUUAUUCCAAGCUCCUCUAAUUAUAAUUAGGUCUCAAUGUCGCCCUUUUUAUUUUCAAUGUAAAAUGGGCAAAUUCAUUUAUCCAAUAUGUGUAUAUUUCACAAUAUAUUUGUGUUUAGUUAGCCAAUGUAAGAAAUGAAUAAUGGGAAAGUAAUAUAGUAAAGAGAAGAGAAAAAGUGAAAAGGAAUGGGUACAUAUGCGCGCGCGCGCGCAUAGAACUAGUGGGGAGGGGGGUCUAUACAUUUUGACAAAUGUGAUAGUGAGACAACUGAGAACAUUUUUUAGUAUUGUCAAGGCUGAGAAGUUUCCUUUAUGUGAUUUCUAUGUUUUGUAUAUUUCCUAUCAUUCGUAAUUUGGUUUAAAGAUCGUCCUCUUAAAAAUAUAUACAUAUCCAAUCUAUUAAGUUUAAAAACA